AGAUAUCGUAGCUCCACCCACACAGAGCACGCGCACGCAGUGCGUCACAGGCCGCGAAGAAAAAGAAAAACCCCGGCCGGCGUUUCUCAACUCCAUAUGCCUCUGCCUGCCCGAGGCGACCCCUCCGCACUAUAGGCUUUUGCUCGCUGCGACCUCGCUCGUUUAAGACCGUGCAGCCGCUCGACGAGACAGCCAGGGGCCAUGCUGUGCCUGUGCUUGUACCUGCCCGUGCCCGACGCGGACAGCUGGGAGUACGAGUUCUUUGAGGCGGACGGGCUCCCCGAGAACCUGCGUACAGUCCUGCGUCUCGCCCUGUUCGUCCCGUCGCGAGAGAUCGCAAAGUACUUCCUGUGGCGGCAGCAAAUCCUGAAGGCCGGUGACAAGAACAAGGACGGCCUGCUGGACUUUGACGAGUUUGUGCGCUACCUCAAGGACCACGAGAAGAAGCUGAAGCUCGCCUUCAAGAGCCUGGACAAGAAGAAUGACGGGCGGAUCGACGCCUCGGAGCUGGUGCAGUCGCUUGAGACGCUGGGCGUGAGGAUCACACUGGAACAGGCGGAGAAGAUCCUGGGAAGCAUGGACAGAGACGGCACCAUGAUGGUGGGCUGGGACGAGUGGCGCGACUACCACCUGCUGCACCCGGCCUGCAACAUCAAGGAGAUCAUCGGAUACUGGAAGCAUUCCACCAUCUUGGAUGUGGGGGAGAGCCUCUUGGUGCCGGACGAGUUCACGGAGGAGGAGCGUCUCACGGGGAUGUGGUGGAGGCAACUGGUGGCAGGCGGCGCUGCCGGCGCCGUCUCACGCACCUGCACCGCACCGCUCGACCGCCUCAAGGUCAUCAUGCAGGUUAAGGCAUCGCGCUCGAACAGCAUCAGCAUGGUGAGCGGCAUGAGGCACAUGCUGCGCGAGGGGGGCGUGCGCUCCCUGUGGCGCGGAAACCUCGUCAACGCGCUCAAGAUCGCGCCCGAGUCAGCCAUUAAGUUCAUGGCGUAUGAGCAGAUCAAGAAGCUGAUUGGCUCCCAGCAGGAGACGCUGGGCAUCCAGGAGAGGCUGGUGGCCGGGUCGCUCGCUGGCGCCACGGCACAGACGAUCAUCUACCCGCUCGAGGUGAUCAAGACGCGUCUGACGCUGGGCAAGACGGGCCAGUACCGCGGCAUGGUGGACUGCGCCAAGAAGGUGUUCCGCAGGGAGGGCACGCUCGCCUUCUACAAGGGCUACGUGCCCAACAUUCUGGGCAUCAUCCCCUACGCCGGCAUCGACCUGGCCGUGUACGAGACGCUGAAGAACGCGUGGCUACAGAGGCACCAGUCGGAGAGCGCCGACCCCGGCGUGCUGGUGCUACUGUGCUGCGGCACCGUGUCCUGCACGUGCGGGCAGCUCGCCAGCUACCCGCUGGCGCUCGUUCGCACGCGCAUGCAGGCCGCCGCGUCGAUGGCGAGCGUGGGCGACGCCCCCGUCACCAUGGUGGGUCUCUUCCGCUCCAUCGUGCGCCAGGAAGGGCUGCUGGGCCUGUACCGCGGCCUUGCGCCCAACUACAUGAAGGUCAUCCCGGCCGUGAGCAUCAGCUACGUGGUCUACGAGAACCUCAAGCAGGCGCUCGGGGUCACGUCCAGAUGAGACUGCGGCCGGCGACACAGUCACUCGCUCGCUCGCUCGCUCAACUCUCCUUCUUCCCGCCGCUCCACCCUGGGGGUCCGUCCGUCUGCUCCGCCAAUGCUCGUCAGCCGGGCGGGGUCACCGCAGGUCGAAGCGGGGGAGAUGCGGAGAAGGCGGCGCGGUUAUUCCGUCCCGAUGGUGUCGUUGGUGGGAAUCUCGCGGAUCGUGGUUGGGGAUCGAUCGGGGCAAGGCGAUCACUCGUCGUGGUUACCGAUGCACCCGUGUUGCGGACAGCCAUCUGGAGUUCCCGAUUCAAGAAUGCUUUCUUCUCUCGGUCUCUCGACGCAUCGGUUCAUGUAGCGCCUCUAGUGGCUGUGGCGGGGAGGGUUUGAGGACGGUGGUGGAUCUGACUGGAGAAGAGGCAGAGGGGGUAGAAGCGGACGGGGAAAGAAAACCUGCACCCCCGCACCGCACGCGGCGUGUGUGGCUGGUGGCGUAGAAGUUUUUUUAUGUUCAUGGGUUCUCUGUAAGUCUGUGCAAGUGUAUGCGGGCAUCUGGGUCUGUGCAAAGAUGUGUAGCAGCGCGCGCGAGUCUCUCUAUGGGUCUCCUCCGCACGUGGAUAGUUUGACCCGCGUUGCGUCGCAGUUUGUUUUCGGCCCGUAACACGGACGCGUCGUUACACGCCUGCCGCUUGCAGAAAGACGACGAUGACGUCGGCAACAGUGAUCGAGGAGAUCCCAACGUAGGGAGGGCGAUUUCGACAAAAAAGAAGUCCCAGCGACGAUCGAUUUUUCUCCUCGCCCUCUCGCUCGCUUGCUCGCGCCGGAGAGCGGGUGGAGAUGGACGCCGCUCCUCCGACACCGCCACCCAACCACCACCGACAUUUCACGCUUCCGCAGAACCGGCCACCGUCGUAUCGUAUUUAUUAAUCCCCCACCGCACGCGCACGCACACGCACAGACGCACACACACACGCACGCGCCCUCCCCACCCCCGCUCCGCUAUUGUUGGGCCGCCUUUUCGUCGUCGUCCUUAACUUUAUUUGCGUUACGCGCGCGGCAUAUUUAUUUAUUUAAUUUAAUUAAUCCCGCGGCCGUCCGCCGUUUGUUGUCCGCUCCUCUAGAAGCCAGGCAGCGCGAGUUAUUAUUCUAGUUUUUUUAAAUAUACAUGACGAGUGUUUCUUGGCGAGAGAUUAACAAGAAGGGAGUUGGGCGGCGGGGUAGGGGGGGGGGGGCAAACGCGCGUGUCUGUCCGUGCGUGCGUGUCUGUCCGUGCGUGUCUGUCCGUCCGUGCGUGUCUGUCUGUCUGUGCGUGCCUGUCCGUCCGUGCGUGUCUGUCUGUCCGUGCGUGUCUGUCUGUCCGUGCGUGUCUGUCUGUCCGUGCGUGUCUGUCCGUCCGUGCGUGUCUGUCCGUCCGUGCGUGUCUGUCCGUCCGUGCGUGUCUGUCCGUCCGUGCGUGUCUGUCCGUCCGUGCGUGUCUGUCCGUCCGUGCGUGUCUGUCCGUCCGUGCGUGUCUGUCCGUCCGUGCGUGUCUGUCUGUCCGUGCGUGUCUGUCCGUCCGUGCGUGUCUGUCCGUCCGUGCGUGUCUGUCCGUGCGUGCGUGUCUGUCCGUGCGUGUCUGUCCGUGCGUGUCUGUCCGUCCGUGCGUGUCUGUCCGUCCGUGCGUGAUCUUCGUGACGAGCACCGACCCUGCUGUGGCCCGUGGGAGGGGGGUUCGAGGGGGUUGUGAGGGGGGAGUGUUGGUGGUGCCCCCCCCCCCUGCCCCCUCCCCGGCAUCACGGCGUCGCUUCCAUUCCUCGCGUCUCUCUCUGCGCGCCUCCCGCCGGCCUCCCUCGGUCAGUCGUCGUUGGGUGCUGGCGGGGUUUUGAAGGAAGAGCUGCAGUGACUGGGGAGGGGGGGGGGGGUGCCCGCUGUGUUUUUUUACCCCUCUCCCCCCCCCUCCAAUACGAGCGAGCGAGUGAGUUUGACCCUCGUGGUCAGAAGGCAAAAAAACAACCAACGGUUUACGGCCGACGGGGGCAACGUUUCGAGCGAGCGCCCGGCCCGUGCUGCAGUUUACACUUUGUUGGAGAUGUAUUUUUUUAGCGUGUCGCUUGGGGUGGGGGUUGGGGGUUGGAGGGGUGGGGGGGGGGGGUAGGGGGGUAGGAGGGGGGGGUGCCCCCCAUCGCCGCUGCACGCUGGACUUGGGAGAGUUUAUUUCAACUUUUUGCCGACGUGCAUCGCCGACGCAGUCAACUUGCGAUGAGGGGGACAAGCCCAGGUGAAACGAACGCAAGGAAGGCGACACAAACUUCUCGUUUUACCUGCGGCGAGAUGGUGGCGAGAUGUUAACUACCUCGCCUGGUAUACAGGAGGUCUCGUGGGUUCAAGCCUGAUGCCUGCUGCUGCUGUAUAUUUGGAGUUUGCGGCGUCUCUCUCUCUCCCCCUCUUUGUCGUCGUGUGGAUUUUUUUUCUCCGGGUGCUCCGGUUUUUACCGCUCGACAUUUAGAAUCGACGUAACGCGUUCGGAAUAUCGACGUAACACGUUCAGUGUCUUUGGCUGAUAUAAAUGUAUGCUCUUUGGUUCUUUCGGUAAAGUCACGUGGGUAGAAAUGAAACAAAAUAAAUCACGACGUUUCGAUCGCAACACAAGCGCCCGUCUUCAGGUGAAAAUUGCGAUAGUCGCGAUGAUGUCUGCUGCCUUGAGCAGCACGAUGUUUGCUGCCUUGUGAAGCGUCGUGAUUCAUUUCGUUUAAUCUCUACCCACGUGACUUUACCGAAAGAACCAAAGAGUAUGGAUUCCUGCAGUCACGAAAGCUUCAAAUGAAGAUCGAUUAAAAUUUCCACACGACGACGAUAACCAGGUUUCUCCUGAAAAAUAUCUGUAGCUCAGUUGUACUUACACCAGCUAAAACAAGUAAACCCAUAAAAACAAAGUUUUUCACUAUAAAUCCUUUAUAUGCGUGGCAUCGGGGCGGCUAGAGUCCUCUCGUCCUCUGGCUUGAGAUGGCUGCCACCUAUGGGUCAGAUGAUUGUCUGGCAGCAUUAAACAAUUGGUAAUUAAAUAUUUUAAAAAAUUUCCCCCUAAACAGUGUAAAAUUUGGGAUUUUUUUUCCACGAAAAUGCAUUGUCACGCACAACGAGUCUGUGUGCAAAAUGUCAGCUCGAUUGGAUCACGGGAAAUGGGUUAAAAAACGACCGAAAGAUUUGCACGGUCCUAAGCAAGCAAGCGAACUUAAUAUAAAGGAUUUAACAAAAAAUAUUCGUAAAGUGUUUUUAUAGAACGCAGGGUGGCGAGCGUAUCACUAUUCCCAUUCCUUUAUUUUCGUGGUUGGCGGGGAGACGCGGAUGGAGACGCAUUUCGAUGUCCCGGGUACCCCCCCCCCCCGAACCCUGCGACGUUGGAAGUUGGGGGGCUUGGUGGGGGGGGGGGGGGGCUGUUAUUUAUUGUGAGCGAGCGACUUGUCCGUGGGUCGACCUCGAGGAGAAGGGGGGCGUCGACCGACCAGCGAGCGUUGCGUUGAGCUCCUGGCCGCUCCGCGCACGUGAACAGGUUCGCUGCGGCGUUUCAUAUCAGUGCUCACUGCGAUGAGAAACUUGACUGUUUAUAUAUUUAAUAAAGUUCGUUUUUGUUUCGCA